AUGGUGUUACUCUUCGACGAGCGACGCUUCUGCGCCGAUGGACGACGACCGUUGCGCGAUAAACGUCCCGAUUCGCAUAAGCAGUCCGCAGCUGCUGCUGCCGUUGCGGCAAUUAUUGCCGAACGCCCAGACGAUCGCCGUCGUGAUGAACGACGAUCUGUGGUGCUAUGUGGUGUGUUGUCGUCGUCUGUCGACAAAUCAGUACGCGAUCCACUAGCUGCACGAGAAUGUGCAAGUGCUACCGCGUCUUGCACCGAUAGACGGUGA